UGUGUACGAGUAUUUGAUUAAUUGGUUGUAGAGCAUGUGAGUAAUUCCAAAUUGUUUGUAUUUUACUUUCUUGCAUUACCAUGUCCGCAUAGUGGCCAAUGCAGAGAUGAAAGUUUGAUACAAAUUUAUUCUGGAUAUGAUAUCAUUCCUCAUGAUUAUUGUACCCCCAACACGGAUCAUAGUUUAAGAGUAGAACCUAGUGAAUUUUAUUUGCAGCUGUAUUUGAUCUGAGUUAAGCUUACUGCUUUGUAUCAACUAUUUUCAAAAUAUAGAUUCAUCUCUGUAAUGUAUGAAUGAUGACGAUGUGGACUGUCUUGUGGCCCAGAAUGUCAAUGAUAACGAAACCCGGGAUUACCCCAUCAUUUUCUUCUUCAAACUUUGUUUUCUGAUUGUAGGAAUGCGGAGGACGAGCAUUCCAUAGUGGAGCGACGUCUUAAUCAACAGAAAGAAGACUUGGAGAUGACGAUGAGAAGUCUGAAACAACAAAUUGAGACUGUAGAGGGCGAUCUUACAGCAUCACGUUAGGAGUGUUCGGGUCUAAAAAGCUCUAUAGCUUCCAUGACAGCAGCACAAGCUGGUCAUAUAGCGCAGUUGGAUGCCACUAAGCACCAGCUAGAGCAGUCUGUGGAUUCUUGCAGACAGAAAGGUAGCAGGAUCUCCGAUCUGGAAGCAGAGGUGGCGGCGCUCAAGGCUACUGUGGAGGAGAAAGAAGGCAGGAUCAGAGAAGAUGAAACGAUUAGGAGAAAACUCCACAAUACCAUCCAGGAAUUAAAGGUAAAUUGAGAUGUAAAGAUGUAUUGAAGAUUUAUACGUUUGUUCUGCAUUGCUUCAAGUUUUUGAUCCGGACCAACAUGCCAUAUGCCAGAGCUGCCAACCAUUCCGUUUUUGCCGGAAUUACUGUUUUUUCCUCCAAAUUACGG